CCGGCACUGGCGCAUUCAUUGUUUCAGUGGGAGAGCCAAAAUCGACAAUGAAUCGCUAUCGUCAAUUAUCCGAAGAGGAAAGGAAUUUUUCGAUCAAUUUCGAUCAAUCUGGGGAAUCUGCGAUUAUUAUAAGGCCACCCCACGUAGUGAUAAAUAUACCGAACGCAGGAGCCCAUAACGAUGAUCCCGAUACAACAGAACGCAACGCCAUGACGCUGCUACGCCGUUACACUCGCCUAUACUUCUUCUUCGCCGGGCAGUGGUUUUGGCCUGCAGAAAAUUUCAUCAAAAGGCACAAUCUGCCAAGAAAAGUAUGUAGAAUCGCAUACGCCAUUUGGCAGCUGAUAGUUGCACUCAUAAUGUGGUGCUAUUUCCUGUACUCGAUGGGAUUUUUCACACUGCGAACAAUUGAGGAAGUCGAUUGGCUGUGCCCGCUAACGGACAUCAAGAACAUGGCCCACGGUUUGUGCUGGAUAGUAAAUCAGCACACGGGACUCGUAUUUUUCUUGUUCGGCAACUUUCAAAGUCUUCUGAAGCAGCUGAGCGUCACCAAGGAAGAGGUAAGUUUCCCGGAACGGGGAACUAAGGGAAGGAAGGAAACAGGGAAGAAGAGUAAGAGGAUUGCCCGGGGUUUGUUCCUAGGGAAACGUAAAUUACGCUUUACACGUUAUUUUAACCUCUUUAGUGAAAUUGUAAUGUGUAACCGUCCAGCCUAAGGUUACUGAGCACGAAAUUUGUGGUACUACUGUUGAAUAUGCUGCACAAGGAAAUCUAACGAUAUUAAAGCAGUCGUGGUAAACACAGGUAUUCCAAGCUCACGUUACGAGCGUGUUAUGUAAAUUAACUUUCUCACCAGAGAAUCGGUGUCGCGUUACAAGCAACAGUUAAGAAAUAAAAUGUGAAAUAAAAUUCUGAGGUCUGCGAACGUUUAGACUGCAAAACAGUCCGUAUUUUUGCGUAUUCAAGUACGCGCGAGAAAAAAAAACAGUCUAGCGAACGUUAAAUAUCAUAAUUUCUACUUUUUUCUAUGAAAUAAAGAAAGAAGACGUACCUUUUAUGUACUACUGUGUUUUUGGUGUGAAUUUAUCGAUUUAGUCCGUUUUUUUGGCUGUUAUGUUUGAUCCCUUCGUAUUAUGAAGAGAGUGGCAGGGGUAAAACAAUAACAGCUAAAAAAAACCCACUACUGUUGACUCCCGAUAACUCAAACCCUCGCUAACUCGAACCGAAACCGAUUUCCCCUGGAUUUCCGUCAUACACCCUCGAUAAUUCGAAUCUCCCGCUAACUCGAAGUAGUUUUGUUUCCCCUCAGAUCAUUUCUAUAUAAUUUUACCCUCGAUAACUCGAGCCAUGUUUUGAGCCCUUAAAAGUCGGGAAAAAACAGUCUACUGGUGUCCCAAACAUUGAAUUUUGAAUUUCCCAUUGACGUGUUGUAGGCAUAUAGUUUACUAUUGGAGGCUGAUGUUGUUUGUCACAAAUCUAACGUCAAACAGCUUUACUUCUCAAAACAGUAAAACGCAUGCUCUAUUUAAGCAAGGUUUUGUUAUGUUACGAUUCUGAUUUAUAAUCUAGAAGUAUCUUUUAAUUUUCACUUGACAUUUCUACAAUUAAAUGUGAUUAAAAUGUUCACUGUACAGUUAAAACUGUUUUUUUCCUUACUCCCGGCUAUUGUUUUCAAGCGCCCGAUAAUUCGAACUGGCGAUAACUCGAACCUUUUUCGAGAUUUCCCUGGAAGGUUCGAGUUAUCGGGAGUCGACUGUAAAUCGAUAAAUUCACACCAAAAACACAGUAGUACAUAAAAGGUAAGACUCCUUUAUUUAUUUUAUAGAAAAAAAGUAAAAAUUAUGAUAUUUAGCGUUCGCAGACGAGACCUCAGAAUUUUAUUUCUCAUACAAAGUGUUAACUGUUGCUCGUAACGGGACACCGACUCUCUUGCGAGAAAGGUAAUUUACAUAACAUGUUCGUAACGUGAGCUUGGGUAGGGACACCUGUGGUGUAACCAUUCCAAUGAAUGCUACUGAGCAGUACUUUCCUGUGGUACUGUUUAUUAUGCUGUACAAGGUUGCUCUAACUUUUGAGUCUGUGGAUGAAACCCUAAUGUGUGACCAUUCAAAUGAAAGCUACUGAGCAGUACUUUCCUGUGGUACUGUUUAUUAUGCUGUACAAGGUGGUUCUAACUUAUGAGUCUUUGGAUGAAAUCCUAAAGCUACUAAGCAGUACUUUCCUGUGGUACUGUUUAUUAUGCUGUACAAGAUGGUUCUAACUGUUGAGUCUGUAGAUGAAAUCCUGUGGUCUGACCAUUCAAAUGAAAGCUACCAAGCAGUACUUUCCUGUGGUACUAUUUAUUAUGCUGUACAAGGUGGUUCCAACUUUUGAGUCUGUGGACGAAAUCCUAAAGUGUGACCAUUCAAAUGAAAGCUACUGGGCAAUGCUUUCCUGUGGUACUGUUUAUUAUGCUGUACAAAGUGGUUCUAACUUUUGAGUCUGCGGAUGAAAUCCUAAAGUGUUACCAUUCAAAUGAAAGCUACUGGGCAAUACUUUCCUGUGGUACUGUUUAUUAUCCUGUACAAAGAUGACCUAGCUUUGAGUCUGUGGAUGAAAUCCUCAGCGCGACCAUUCAAAUAAAAGCUACCGAGUAGGACCUUCCGGAGAGACUGGUUCAACUGAAGGGACAACUGACUGGUUGUUACGUAGCAUGCGAAAACAGCUGUUUCUCCUCGCUAAAUGGCUGUGUUUGCAGGCUAUUUAUUACAACAUUAAGAGGGUUCUAGCCUUUCAAAGAACUCAUCCACUAUUGAAACAUUCUUGUACUGUUGACGUUUUGAAACACGAAAUUAAACGCAAGACGUUUUCUAUACUUAACGUCAGUCUUUCUAAAUCAUUUCUGUAAUCUUUAGGUGAGGAGAAGAGCUUCGUCCCACUCGAUCUCCGUGUUCGUGGUAAAUUCUGUGCUUUGGCUAUUUGUCGUUCCAAUAAGUUUGCAUGCCACGCAAAUGUUAAUACCAGAUUUUUUGGAAGGGCCAAGAUACAGAGACGGAAAGAUCACGGGGACCAGUAAUAUCACCUUCCCAGCGACACAAAUAGCUUUUGAUGUUUUCUUUUACGCAGCCAGUCGCGGUUUUUCGCUGCCCAUUUUCUUCGCAUUUCUUUACAUGAUGUUGUUUCUGUGUUGCGAAGUGGACAAAUUCAAAGACGAGCUUGGAGAUGGUCUCUAUCCAACCGAAGAUAAAGCCAAGAAAAAAGCCAUAAAAAUAAGAACACUGAUCAAGGAGACUGAGAAGGCUUUCCGUUUUUUCCUCUCCUUGUAUAUAGCCAUGAUUUUAUUGGCUUCAGCACUGGAAAUAUUCUCCAUCGUGGAAAAAGCUGAAACCGUGAUAAUAGCAAACCACACCGUUUAUGAAAUACCUGGCAGCGCUGCAGCAGCCAGCCUGCAAACUUUAAAUGUUGGGUCGAAAAAUUUGAUGCCUUUUCCGCACAGGUAGGACUCUAAUUGUAAAUCUCAUUACAAUUCCGUCUCAGUGGGUUCCAGUCCUCGCUCCUACUUUUAAAAACUUCCGCGCCGGUCCGAAUCGCUGCACCAAAGUGCAGACCGUUCGCUCCGUUCUCCUCGCGCCGAAAUCACCGUUCUUGCCGUGCGACGAGAAGCCGUAUCCGGUUUGAUUUUAGUGGCGGCGCAAAAGCUUUUCUGUAUAGUGUGAACAUAGCCUAAUUUAUAGUUCUAACAGCACUUUGUUUUGUUCAUAAUUAUGUUUGUUCGCAAAAUCAUAACAGUUUUCAAGAUCUUUCUAAUCUUAUGCAAUGUGCGUCAAAAUUCGGUCGAAUUCGGUAAAAGUUCCAUUCAAUAAUUAGCUGAUAUUAUUUAGUUCUAAACCUCCAAUACUGCAUUUUCAGCUUAUUCACUGGUACACACUGUAUCUCAGCCAUCAUUUCUGCGUUUGAACCUAUAAUAUUAUCAAAUGGGCGACAGCCUGAAUCCUGUACAACUUAAGACGACCCUGAGUAAAAUGUAACAAAAACUGGGUUUAAAGCGAAGCUUGAGAAUUCAAUGACACAGUUAUUCUAUUCGCCCUUGUUGGAUAAGAGAUUGGCCUUUUAGCCAGCUCGGCGUGCGGUCUUCUGGAGAAGAAGGAGUAAAGCUCAUUACAACUUAUUAAACCUGAAAACCCUUUGAAAACAAAAAGUACAACAGAAAAGCUAUCUUGAUCUUUCUUCAAUCUUAAAUCUGUUAAAUCGGUUAAUUGCCAAUAGCAUGGCUAAUCGUGGCAAUGGGUGGUAUAAUUAGGCAGUAGGUGAUGACAGAUGGCUGUUGGCUGUGGACUUAAACACGACCAAAGCCAGUAAAUGGAAGACCGUUCAACACAUGUAUACACCGGGCAAAAACAGAAUGCAUGUAGUGAUCAAAGGUUAAAGGUUGCAUGUCGCACUAUGGGACUUCCUGGUACAAUCCCAUGUGUCCUAUCUUCCUUUUUUCCCUGGGAAUAUUAACAAUAGAAAUGAAGGGGGAAAUAAAGUUCUCAUGCAAGGAUUUAAACUAAUUAACAAAACAUUUAAGUGAGGAAUGCUUAGUUCCCCUGAAUUAAAGCUCAUAUUAGUACUAACAAGUUACCAUGUGAACUCCCGUUCACAGGUUGACGGGAAAUCGCCCAAUUCCGUAUUAUCUGGUUAUGAUUCCUCCCUCAAAUCACACCGUGGGAAUGUCUGCAGGUGAAGACUACACCCGUAAGAAUUUUAUCGAUCAGUACAAGAUCACGACGCAAGAGAUCGUGGUAACAGCUGUACUGGACAUAACAGAAAACAUGGUACUGUACGCCGUUCCACUCUACCAGAUGUCUGUUCUCAAAAGUUGCUUGAAAAGAGUACUGGAGAUGGUGGAAGACAGCGAUUAUGGAGCACCGGAAACCCACUUGGACGGAACUACAUCUGGCGAUAAUGCAGCACAAGGGACCCACUCAGAACAUACGGCUUCUUGGGAGGAAACACCUAAAACGAUAUUUAGAACAAGACAAGAGAAGAAAGACUUCACGAAUUGGUACCGCACUACGUGUACUUCUGGUGUUAAAGUUCUUGGUAGAGAAGUGAGUUUUCUCUGGACCUUGGUGUUGACUUUCUUUGGUCCCUUUGUUGUGGUGGUGGUGAAUUUGAUGUUUAAGCACAUUCACGUCGAAUCUCCGUGGCAUUAACAAGUUAACAAGGAACUUGUUCACUGUCACCUGCGCAAUGUAGUUUUUCCUAACUGAUUAUAGGUUAAACGAUUGCCGGUCAUUUCGCUACGCAGCUCAGUUGAUUUCGAAUUUCGCUCUACAGUUGUAUUUUGAAAUUGAUGCACGCCGUGAUGGUAUUACAACCCAGUUUGUUCCUUACACAAAUACUGUGAUGCACAAAAGAGGGCACAACUUUUCAGGCCAAUUUCAGUACUUAGGCAGCGUUUUCACUCACGUGGCCAGUAUCUAUGCAAAUUUAUUGGAACAAAAGAAAGCGUUUAUAUACGAAAAGAGUUAAACUCCCCCAGGACUGGUUUGGAACACCAGCAUGGCUGCCGUUUUAUUGUUUUGGGAGACCAAUCUGCUUAAACCCCCUGGGGAGACCUUAUAAAAUUUACCCAACGUCGUAUUCUUUAUUGCUUCUACACUACACUUAGAUGAAAUUUCAAAGUUCUUUAACAUUUCUGCUCAGAAAAUGUUCAUGAAAGUGUAAGUCUCUUCAAUUUUUAAGGAAGAAAAAAAAUUUAGAAGAGCAGGAGUAAGAAUCGAACCCGGAGUGCUGUAUACUACUACGCCGAUGAGGAUUUCUGGCUAGCACUGGUUUGAUUUAAAGCUAUAUAUCAACAAGCUUAACCCUAAAUAGAAGCUAACCGUUUGGAGUCAGUGCUUAACCCUAAUCACUAUUUUCAGGGCUUAACCCUUAUCACCAGUUAUCACCAUAGUCAGUGCUUAACCGUAAUCACUAUAGUCAGUGCUCAAAACCAAAGCGAUAAGGAAUACUAGGUUGUGUAAACUUCAUAAGGUGUCCAAGGGAGUUUUGGCCGAUGGGAUCUAAUGUUAACAAACACCAAUAUGGCCGCGUGACGUCAUGUGAAAACGCUCUAUAGGCUCAAUAGCAAGCCGCUGUUUGGGAAAUGAGCCCGCGAUCCUCUCUUGAGGAGGAACAAAGAGCAACGGAAACGGAGCCUAUUAAGUUACUUAUCAUGCUUAUAGAAUGAGAAAUUGGCUUAGUCAACGUUGUGCGAAGUCCUUUUUUUGUGCAAUCCUUCCGCUAGCGAAAAGACCGGAUACCAGUCAAACAGAUAGCCAAGCAUAAUAUUUACUACACCAUUUUGCGCAAUUUAGUUUCAGGUUUCCAUUAGAAUAACGGAUGAUUUAAGAAGCCGAUAAUGUUGUGAAUAAUAAUAAUAGCUGAUAAUGAUGAUCAAGGACAUGAUGAUGAUGAUGUUGACAACAAAUAAAUAUUGGAUGUGGUUUUUGUGAUAUCCGGAAUAAUCAAGGUCGAGGUAAAAUAAAAUGUUAUCAGCCGAGCCAAAAGGCCGGAACUGAUAACACUUACCGAGACCCUGAUUAUUCCGGAUAUCACAAAAACCGAACCUAAUAAUUGUUUUAUUAUACAUUGUUUUGAAGAAACUAACGACAAACACACCGUCGCACGGAACAUGGUUUCUGUCGUGGUUGGAAAUCAUGCAUUGUGCGCGCAAUCUGCAGAUUAGUCAGUUAUCUGCUUACAGAUAACAAACUAAUCCGUAGGUUGCACUGAUUUCCAAAAUUAACUGUAGGCUCUUAGCCAAUGAGAAGACA